AACACUUUUUAUUUCGAAGAUGGAAUGGGCAACCUUUUCGAUGAGCAUGGUGAAAGAGUUUAUGACCCCAUGGAAGGUGUCUUGACCGAGAUUACGAACCUAAACAUUGUGCUUGAAACAAUAACAAGCCGCCAGACUUAUUUGGCUAAUAAACCUACUGAAAAGAAUGUUGUGGAGAAAGAGGCUAAG